AGCUUGUUUUCAAUUUAAUAUUCAAAUCUAUCUCAACUUUCAAUUAGUAAACCAACUCUUGUUACCUGUGAAGAAAAAGAUUGUUACAAAAAUGAAAUUCUUCAUGUUAACUGUCUGCCUUUUUGGAACUGUAUUUGCUAAGAGUCUUUCUACAGAAUGGACACCGCUCCCUAGCGAUGAUCCAACUGUUGUAAAGUUUGCUAACCUAGCCGUUGCUGAUAUCAAUGGAAAGGAAAAAUUGUUUUAUAAUAAACUGAUCCAGAUUAAAGAAGCUAAAUCUAGUAAAGCUAAAUUUUAUGUGUUCAAAGUGAUCGUAGGAAAAACUGAUUGUCCCAUACGUGGACCGUACACUGAUGCUUGUCAAAUCAAGGAUGAUGCACCUCGUAAAGAAUGCUCUGUUUAUUACUAUUAUAAUACUGUAGAAUGGAAGCAUGGCACAUACACUUGUGAUGAACUUAAAUCUUCAUGAAAAAUGAUUUGUCCAAAUUUUCUUGGUAAAUGUGAUUGAAGUACAUGAUUCGGAAAAAGCGAAAUUUGCGAUUUAAGAUAAGCAGAUUUCAAAACAAAUUCGUAAGCAUUUUGAUUGAGUUGAAUAAAGCCGUUUUUUGAUAAUUUCAA